AUGUCAACGAAACGUUCAUAUCGUACAAAACCAAGUACAUUCUUUAUGUUGCUAUCAGCAAUAGCAGGAUGUAUUCAUUUAAUCAAUGGUACAUUAGCACGUAUUCUCACAAUAGGUUUCAAUAUUGAUUUAACACGUACAUCGAUUGGAUUAUGUAAAUUACGACAAUUUAUUUAUAUAAUUGUUCCUGGUUUUGGCAUAACCUGUUAUUGGUUAUCAACUAUAAAUCAAUUUUUAGUUACAUCGCGUAGUGCUCGUCUUCGUCAGUUAAGUAAUAUGAAAUUAGUUUAUCGUACAAUUAUUAUCAUUAUCAUUUUUUGGAUCGUUCACGGUACACCAACACUCAUAUUCGCCAAUAUAGAAUCUGGUACAUGUAUCAUUGAUAAUUCUAUUUUAUCAAUGUAUUAUGUUUAUGUUCAUUUUUGGUCUUUUUGUACUAUAAUUCCUAUUGGUAUUUUAAUCAUAUUUGGUAUACUUGCUUAUCGAAAUAUGCGUCUAUUAACAAAUGUUCGUCAGUUACAUGGUAUAGAUCGACAAUUGACUUUGAUGGUUUGUGGUCAGGUAUUGUUGAUUCUUAUUGGAGUUGCUCCAUAUGCACUCUUUAACAUUUAUUCAACAAGUACUGCUCAAUGGAAUAAAGAUAUUGAACAAAAAAAUAAAGAAACUUUUAUUUUAAAUGUGGUUAGUCUUAAUAGUACGAUUGAAUUUGGAGCAAGUUUUUAUUUAUUUAUUAUUAUAUCAAGUUCUUUUCGUCAACAAGUUAAACAAUAUCUUUAUAGUUGUUGGAUAAAACCAAAUAUUGUACAACCCACCGAUAUGAAUAUCAGAACAUUAGAUUAA